AUGGGCAACCAGUUAGCAGGAAUUGCCCCAUCUCAGAUCUUGUCUGUGGAUAGCUAUUUUUCAGAUAUCCAUGAUUUUGAGUAUGACAAGAGCCUGGGAAGUACACGGUUCUUUAAGGUUGCUCGGGCCAAGCACCGUGAGGGUUUGGUCGUGGUCAAAGUAUUUGCUAUCCAAGACCCAUCUCUUCCACUCACCAAUUAUAAGCAGGAACUUGAGGAGUUAAAAAUUCGUCUUUGUUCGUCCCAGAACUGCCUUCCUUUUCAGAAGUUUACCCUGAAUGAGAAAGCUGCUCUACUUUUUAGACAAUAUGUUAGAGACAACCUGUAUGACCGUAUAAGCACCCGGCCUUUUCUAAACAACAUUGAGAAGCGAUGGAUUGCAUUCCAGAUCCUAACGGCUGUGGACCAGGCACACAAAUCUGGUGUGUGUCAUGGAGAUAUCAAGACAGAAAAUGUAAUGGUUACCAGUUGGAACUGGGUGCUUCUCACAGACUUUGCAAGUUUCAAGCCAACGUAUCUUCCAGAAGAUAACCCUGCAGAUUUCAAUUACUUCUUUGAUACUUCCCGUAGAAGAACUUGUUAUAUAGCCCCAGAGAGGUUUGUGGAUGGAAGUACUUUUUCCACAGAGGACCUUCUACACCUCUGGUUGACCUGACAAACAACAACCAACGAACUCGGGGAGACCUUAAGCGAGCUAUGGAUAUCUUCUCUGCAGGGUGUGUGAUAGCAGAACUGUUCACAGAAGGAGUACCCUUAUUUGAUUUGUCACAGCUUUUAGCUUACAAAAAAGGACAGUUUUCACCAGAUCAAGUGUUGAGCAAGAUUGAAGAUGGCUCUAUCAGACAUCUGGUCACACAGAUGAUCCGCCGUGAGCCUGAAAAGCGAUUGGCAGCAGAAGAUUACCUCAAACAACAAAAGGGCAAUGCAUUCCCUGAGAUAUUCUACUCCUUUCUGCAGCCAUACAUGGCCCAGUUUGCGAAAGAAACCUUUAACUCUGCUGAUGAACGCAUCCUGGUUAUCCGUAAGGAUUUGGAUAAUAUCGUCCAUAACUUGUGUGGAGAUGACCAGAGUGAAAAAGCAGAGGGGGAGACCAAAGAAAAUGGCCUCCUUAUCUUGGUCUCAGUAAUUACCUCCUGUUUGCAGACACUAAAGUACUGUGACUCUAAACUGGCUGCCCUAGAACUUAUUCUCCACCUUGCUCCACGUUUAAGUGUUGAGAUUCUACUGGAUCGCAUUACUCCAUAUCUGCUUCACUUUAGUAAUGACUCUGUUCCCAGGGUAAAAGCCGAGGCUGUGAGGACACUGACCAAAGUAUUAGCCUUGGUAAAGGAGGUGCCUAGGAAUGAUAUCAAUAUUUACCCAGAGUACAUCUUACCUGGCAUAGCCCAUCUUGCUCAGGAUGAAGCCACUAUUGUAAGACUAGCAUAUGCAGAGAACAUAGCUUUACUAGCAGAAACUGCCCUAAGGUUUUUGGAGUUGGUGCAGCUGAAGAACCUAAACAUGGAGAAUGAUCCCAGCAGUGAGGAGCUGGAUGAGACGUCCCACCCCAAUGAGAGCUAUGACACAGAAUUGCAGGCUUUACAUGAGAUGGUCCAGCAAAAGGUGGUGACGUUGCUCAGUGACCCAGAGAACAUAGUAAAACAGACAUUAAUGGAAAAUGGAAUCACCAGGCUUUGUGUGUUUUUUGGGCGACAAAAAGCCAAUGAUGUUCUUCUCUCUCAUAUGAUCACUUUUCUCAAUGAUAAAAAUGACUGGCACCUUAGAGGAGCAUUUUUUGACAGCAUUGUAGGUGUUGCAGCUUAUGUAGGGUGGCAGAGUUCUUCCAUCCUAAAGCCACUUCUCCAGCAAGGGCUGAGCGAUGUGGAAGAGUUUGUGAUAUUUAAGGCCCUCAAUGCUCUCACAUGUAUGUGCCAACUGGGCCUCCUUCAGAAACCCCACAUCUAUGAAUUCUCUUGUGACAUUGCUCCUUUUUUGUGCCAUCCAAACUUGUGGAUACGUUAUGGAGCUGUGGGGUUUAUUACUACAGUAGCUCAACAGUUAAAUAUUGCUGAUGUUUAUUGUAAGUUGAUGCCCUACCUUCAUCCUUUCAUUACUCAACCUAUAAUUCAGAUAGACAAAGAAAUUGUUCUUGAGUGUGCUGAAAGAGCCUGUAAGCCGCUCAAUUUUUGACUAUGCCCUGCGAUCAAAGGACAUUGCAAGCCUCUUUAGACAUCUUCAGAUGCGUCAGAAAAAGAGGAACGGCACUCUUCCAGAGUGUCCUCCUCCUGAAGAUCCAGCUAUUGCUCAGCUCCUGAAGAAGCUUUUGUCACAGGGGAUGACAGAAGAAGAGGAAGAUAAACUUUUAGCUUUGAAAGAUUUUAUGUUAAAAUCAAAUAAAGCCAAGGCGAACGUGGCUGAUCAGAGCCACUUGCAUGAGAAUGCUGUAAAAGGGGUGAUUGAUUUACAACUUCUGGGCAUCAGUGGAAGACAUGCUGACCUUGGGAAAACCAAGUUAGACACUGAAGAUAAACGCACAGCUCGAAAGCAUGUGAAGCCAGAUUCUAAUGUGAAUGAAGAAUGGAAGAGCAUGUUUGGUGCCAUGGAGCCAGCAAACAUGAGUCAGGCUGCAACACGACCUCUGCCUCCAGCUGACCAGGAAACCCAAAAACCUCUUCGCUCAGAAUCUUCUGCAGCGAUUAAUGCUCCAUUGUCUUCCUCUCCGCAGUCGUCAGAAGGAACAGGAAUCCAGUCGAGACGUCCCACCUUGCAGAUCUACACAAGCACAUCUCAACCAUCAGCUUUUCAAAUCAGGAUGACAACUUGUAAAAUUGAACUUCAACAGCUGGUCCAGCAGAAGCGGGAGCAGAGCAAUGCUGAGAGAUUAGCCAAGUAUAUGAUGGAGAGUGCUGAGUGGGAGAGUAAACCACCACCAACAGGGUGGCAUCCUAAAGGCUUGUUGGUGGCACACUUACAUGAACACAAGGGCCCAGUAAACAGAAUUCGGGUCUCUGAUGAACAUUCCAUUUUUGCCACUUGCUCAAACGAUGGAACAGUGAAAAUCUGGAACAGUCAGAAGAUGGAGGGAAAAACCACAACCACAAGGUCAAUAUUGACUUAUUCUCGCAUCGGUGGGCAUGUUAAGACACUGACAUUUUGCCAGGGAUCGCAUUACUUAGCUGUGGCAUCUGAUAAUGGCAACGUUCAACUUCUUGGGAUUGAAACCUCAAAACCACCAAAGUCUCCAAAAAUUCAUCCACUGCAGAGCAGGUCAUUGGAUCUACAAGAGGAUGGCUGUGUGGUGGAUAUGCAUCAGUUCAAUUCAGGCUCACAGUCUGUGCUUGCCUAUGCCACAGUUAAUGGGUCAUUGGUAGGCUGGGAUCUGAGAUCUAACACUAAUGCUUGGACAUUGAAACAUGACCUGCGCUUAGGACUCAUAACUUCAUUUGCAGUAGAUAUCCAUCAGUGCUGGCUGUGCAUUGGUAAAACUACUUUUCUUUUGUUUCUAUUUCAAAUUGGUAUAAAGCCUAAAUACUAUCAGUAUACUUUUUGGAUAGCUGAGGGAAGAGUUACAAUUUGUUUAGGCUUUUCCUUCUAUCUGUGA